GUAGCAUUGAUGGGAAGUCCUGUCGAGUCGAUGUAUAGCUCUGCACAAUCAUCGUUGUCAACUGCCACCAAGGGAAAUGUAAUAUUUGUUCCUCUCACAAGCUCAAUGAUCAGCCUUUGCCCUGCUUCCAUCUCAAUCAGUCCUGGUGUUGGCUCAAUGAAGACAGGCGGGUUGUUAUUGAUACAAGCUGAGGGUGUCGGAUCCCGACGCUGUAAGAGCUGUCGCCGCCGACCCCCUGGCUCAGUAGCUGGUGGAGGUCCAGGUGGUGGUGGAACGGGUGGGGAAGGAGGGGAUGGUGGAGGAGAAAGUGGGGAAGGGGGUGGAGGAGAUGGGGAAGGAGGGCCUGGAGGUGGAGGCAAAGGAGGAGGGGGGGAAGGCGGUGCUGAUGGGGAUGGCGGUGGAGGGAAUGACGGUGGUGGGGGAGAGAAAACGAGCACUCCGGAGCAGGACCGAAAGGGAGGAGGAGGAAGGGGAGGAGGAAGAGGAGGAGGAAGAGGAGGAGGAGGCGGCGGCGGCAGCGGCGGCGGCGGCGGAGGAGGAGGAGGAGGAGGAGGAGCAUUGGGAAACCUCCUUGGGCUGUUGGCGUGAAGAGACUCCAGGCAAACAUGACGACUCCUUGUCAUGCAAGAGCCGAU